AAUUCGUUUUCCCAUGAGGGAAAAUAAUCGAAAAAUAUAAUGAAAGUAAAAUAAGCAACGAGUUAGUUAGAAUCAUUAAAAAAUGUUGCACGUCGCCCUCACUAUAUUGUGGAUGAGAGAAAGGUGAAUACUAAUAAUAAUGGCAGCAACAAAACAAAUCCGGUGCAUAAAUCUUUGGUCCAGAUGGAUUUUCAUUUGUCAACCAUUGUUGGCCAUUUCUGUGUUGUGAGUGCGCCACUGUUGAGCCAAGUUCAUUGUUGAAGGAAGCUCCGACUCAGCUGCCUCUGUUCCCCACUGCCCUCUUCUUUUUGACAUUUCUGAUUUUUCAUUCCACCAUUUUUCUUAUUCCAACUUUCUUUCUCUUUGUUUUUGUUUAAACAAAGUGGGUUUCUGUUCUUACUCAUCUUUUCUGUUUCUAUGUGUGAUUUUCGCAUUCAAAAAACUCUGUUUCUGUUUUCUGUGGGUUUCUUGGGAUGUCGUCUUAGUCUUAGCUUGAGUUUUCUUUUCUUCAUUAAGCCCGAUGAUUUUGAUUGUGUUUUGGUUUGUUCUCAGCAACUAUUUUCUUUAAUUUCGUCUGUUUAGUGUUAGGCUUGAAUUAUGAUGGAUGUGAACAUCAGUAAUCCUUCAAAAGUUGUUCCAAGAAGUUCGUUUCCAAAGGAGAGUGAAGAUGGAGGUCAAUUUGUGGUUGAGCUUAGCAGCAUUGAAAACGGAUGCUCUGUUCCAGAGCAAAACCUCGGUUCACAAACCAACGAGCUUAUUGAUUCUAGCAUUAGCUAUGACAAUGAUUCACAACUCGCAAAUAAGCCACAGAAUAUCCCAAGUUCAAAUGGAAACCUGACACUAAGAAGAGCAAUCCUUUCGAAAUCCAAAUCCAGAUUUGGAGUACAGCCAGUUUAUACCGAUUCAAACAUGUGUGAGGAGGAGAAUUAUCCGUCAUCAAGAGAGAAAAUUGGGGAAACUUCAUCGAGAAGCUUUACUCACAAUACGCAGAAGGCCACACCUGAGAGAAAAGAUGAGAAGCACAAGAAAGUGAAGGUGAAGACAGUGAUUAAGUGGAUUGGAGUUUUUUGCAUAAUUAGUUGCUUGGUGGCUAGCUUGACUGUUGACCCUUUGAAGAAUCGCUUCCUUUGGGGUUUAAAGGUCUGGAAAUGGUGUUUACUUGCUACUGUGAUUUUGUGUGGAUUGUUAUUUACUCGUUGGGUUAUGAAUGUGGUUGUCUUUUUGAUAGAGAAGAACUUUUUGCUUAAGAAAAAAGUACUUUAUUUUGUUCAUGGGUUGAAGAAGAGUGUCCAAGUUACCCUUUGGUUGACAUUGGUUUUUGCUACAUGGGAGUCACUGUUUGAUCGAAGAAACCAUACGGUUUCGAAUUCAAGGAUCACUUCUAAGGUUUUAGAUUUUGUUACGUGGACUUUGGUAAGCCUUCUUAUAGGGGCAUUCCUGUGGUUGAUUAAAACAUUGUUGCUGAAAAUACUGGCCUCCAAGUUCCAUAUGAACCGAUUUUUCGACAGAAUACAGGAAUCCCUUUUCCAUCAUCAUAUUCUACAAAUGCUCUUGAUGGCUCGUACGCAGGAGGAUGAAAGUUAUGCCAAGUUCAGAUGUUGUCAAUUUCCUUCUGAGAGUAAAAAAUCAGACUGUCAAAAGGUGAUUGACAUAGAAAAGAUUCACCAGCUGAAGCGAGAGAAGGUUUCAGCUUGGAAAAUGAAGACAUUGGUUGAUGCAGUUACUAGUUCAGAGAUGUCAAUAUCAAAAGCACUCGAUGAAAGCUACCGAAAUGCUGCUGAUGGUGAGAUCACAGACGAGAUGAAAGUUGCCAAACAAGCUGCUAAGAAGAUCUUCAAAAAUGUUGCUCCUGGAAAGAAGUUCCUAGAGGAGAAGGAUCUUCUAAAAUUCAUGAUCGAUGAAGCCGAAGUUAAUCUUCUGUGGCCACACUUUGAGGUAGAUAAGACAAAGAAGAUUGACAUGAAAGCCCUAACAAAUUGGGUGGUGAAGGUUUAUCAAGGGAGGAAAACUCUAGCACAUGCCUUGAAAGACACUAAAACAGCGGUGAAGCAAUUGGAUAAUUUAGUAGCAGCGCUUAUUGUAAUAGUAACAGCUGUUAUUUGGCUUCUGUUGAUGGAAAUUGCUACAACCAAAGUACUCGUCUUCCUUCUAACUCAGUUUGCAGUGGCAGCUUUCAUGUUUGGAAACACUUGCAAGAAUACAUUUGAAGGUCUAAUCUUUGUGUUUGUGAUGCAUCCAUUUGAUGUUGGGGAUCUUUGUGUUGUAGAUGGCAUCCAGCUGUUGGUUGAAGAAAUGAACAUCUUGACAACAGUCUUCUUGAAACUCAACAAUGAGAAGGUGUACUAUCCCAACUCAGUUUUGGCUACAAAACCCAUCACUAACUACUACAGAAGUCCAGACAUGGGUGACACCAUCGAAUUCUCAAUCAGUUUCACGACACCAUUGGAGAAGAUUGGGAUCAUGAAAGAAAAAAUAAAGAGGUAUUUGGAAGAUGAUCCACAACACUGGUACCCAAAUCACAGUGUGGUGGUGAAGGAGAUCGAAAAUGUGAAUAAGAUAAAGAUCGCUCUUUAUACAAACCACACCAUGAAUUUUCAAGAUUGGACUGAGAAGAACCGACGAAGAACAGAGCUCAUGAUGGAGUUAAAGAGAAUUUUUGAAGAACUGAAGAUCAACUACAAUCUUCUGCCUCAAACAGUUCAUCUCUUCCCAACGCACUGAAGUCUACAAAAAAUCUUAAGCUCGUGCUUCCGGACACUUUGACAAAGAAAUGGUUAGAUUAUUUUAGCUGCUUUAUUAACUUAAUUAAAGAACAUUAGGAGGGUAACAUUAGGGGGUAUUUGUUGGACUAUAAUGGAAUAGAAAUGUAAUGGCAUCCAAAACUCAUGUUUAAAUUGAAUGUUUUGGAUCCGAAUUAUAAUACCAAACUUAAUUGGUUC